AUGCAUGGAAACCGAUAUGCUACUGGCGCGGUAAUGCUGUGGCCAUUGAAAUGGAGCUUGGAGAAGAUUUGCCUUCAUCUCACCGCAACCUCAGCCAUACGAUGA